UGUUCUGGAAGCCCCGGGCAGAGGCGCACACCUUAAGCCACGCGAGUCUGGGCCGAUGCGUGGUGCGUGGGGAGCAGGCUGGGCCCUCAGCGCCUGCAGCUCUGCAGCGGGGCCGGCUGCAGGCUCUGGCUGCUCUCGGGUGCGUGUGUUAGGGAGCCGGAGCUCGGGCUGUGGGUGCCCCUGAGUGCCCCGGGAGGAGAGGGAUUGUCCCCGGGAGCUGUCGCGCGCCGCUCGCGCCCUGCAGCCGACUAGCGGCGCCCGGGGGAAAGCGCGGCCCGGGCUCUGCAGCACUGGGGGGCCCAGGCCGAGCCCGCUGCGCCACAAAAGAACUUUGGCCCCGGCUUGGUGCUGAGGAUGCGCCCGCGGCCCGCGGGGCCGGUGCCUGCGCCGAGUGACCGCCUGUGCGCGCGCGCGCGGCCCGUGGCGAGGUUUCCGCGGGAGCCGCGCGUCGGGGAUGUAUUUUUAACCGCUUGACUCAGUGCCUGUCAGAUGAUCGGGCCCGCGAGCUGCAGCUCUCGGUCCCCGGCGGCGCGGGGGAGGCGGGCCCGGCGCGGGGAAGGGGGCCGGCUGGGAAAAGGGGAGGGACCUGAGCCGCGCGCGGGAGGAGUGUGCGCGCGUGCCGGUCACUCCGGGCUCCGCCGCGCAUGGCCGCCGCCGCCCGCCCGCAGCAGCCGUAGCCGCCGCCCGGGCGCGGGGGGCCGCGUGGGUGUGCAGGGGCCGCGGGGGGACCGGGGCCCCGUGGGUCGCGUCGGGCGGACCGAGCUUCUCUCCCGCUGGAUGCCGCUGCCUGUCACCAGGAGCCUCUCACCAUGAUCGAUAGCUCCAAGAAGCAGCAACAGGGCUUCCCCGACAUCCUGGCCACCGGGGACUUGGAACCGCUCAAAGAGAAGGAAUGCCUGGAGGGGAGCAACCAGAAAAGUCUCAAGGAAGUGCUCCAGCUGAGGCUGCAACAGAGGAGGACCAGAGAACAACUAGUGGACCAGGGCAUCAUGCCACCUUUGAAGAGCCCAGCAGCGUUCCAUGAGCAGAUAAAAAGCUUGGAAAGAGCCAGAACCGAAAACUUCUUGAAGCACAAGAUUCGGAGCCGGCCAGAUCGUUCUGAACUUGUCAGGAUGCACAUUUUGGAAGAGACAUUUGCAGAGCCAUCCCUGCAGGCUACCCAGAUGAAGUUGAAGAGAGCUCGGCUAGCUGAUGAUCUGAACGAAAAGAUUGCCCAGAGACCUGGUCCCAUGGAGCUGGUGGAGAAGAAUAUCCUGCCUGUGGACUCCAGUGUUAAGGAAGCGAUUAUAGGCGCUGGGAAGGAGGACUACCCGCAAACUCAGGGCGAUUUCUCAUUUGACGAAGACAGCAGUGACGCUUUGUCCCCGGACCAGCCCGCCAGCCAGGAGUCCCAGGGGUCAGCUGUGUCCCCCAGUGAGCCAAAAGUCACUGACUCCGCAUCUCCCGUGACGACGAAUACUCCAGCCCAGUUUACUUCCGUGUCCCCGUCAGUUCCUGAAUUCUUGAAAACUCCUGCUGCGGAUCAGGCCCCAACCAGGUCCCCCGCGCCCGUGAUUCCCGCCAGCACCGUGUCCUCCGCCAAGCCCGGGCCAGCACUGGUCAAGCAAAGCCAUCCCAAGAACCCGAACGACAAACACCGGAGCAAAAAGUGCAAAGACCCCAAGCCCCGGGUGAAGAAGCUGAAGUACCACCAGUACAUCCCGCCCGACCAGAAGGGCGAGAAGCACGAGCCGCAGAUGGACUCCAACUACGCGCGCCUGCUGCAGCAGCAGCAGCUCUUCCUGCAGCUGCAGAUCCUGAGCCAGCAGCAGCAGCACUACAACUACCAGACCAUCCUGCCCGCGCCGCUCAAGCCACUCAGUGACAAGAACAACAACAGUGGGAACUCGGCUCUGACCAAUACCAUACCCAGCACCCCGAGGCAGACAACACCUGCUCCCGGGAGAAAGCCAGGAACGCUGCCCUCGAGCCUGGAUGACUUAAAGGUGUCAGAACUGAAGACAGAACUGAAGCUGAGGGGCCUCCCGGUGUCGGGCAGCAAACCGGACCUCAUCGAGCGCCUGAAAUCCUACCAGGAAAUGAACAGCGGCAGUGCGGCCGGGGGCGUCGUGGCCGUGUCCACGUCGGCCAUCGUUACCAGUGCCCCAGAAGUCUCUGUGGCACUGCCGGUGACGACACUCCACAACUCGGGGACUGGUGCGGGCUCCACCUUCAAGGCAGAGCUGCCCGCUGGGGGAGCUGGCGGCACCGCCCACGUGGACAGCGCCCACUCCCCGCUGCCCAUCUCGCCUUCCCCCUCAGAACAGUCCAGCCUCAGCACCGAGGACACGAACAUGACCGACACGCUGACGGAGAUCAUGACCAUGAUGUCCCCCUCGCAGUUCUUGUGUUCGUCUCCGCUGCGGGUGGCCAGUAACGAAGACAGCCUGAGCCCCACCAGCAGCACCCUGUCCAGCCUGGAGCUGGACGCGGCCGAGAAGGACCGCAAGCUCCAGGAGAAGGAGAAGCAGAUCGAGGAGCUCAAGAGGAAACUGGAACAAGAGCAGAAGCUGGUAGAAGUUCUGAAGAUGCAGCUCGAGGUCGAAAAGCGAGGGCAGCAGCAGCAGCAGCAGCAGCGGCGGCCCUCCGAGACCCCGGCCAGUGCCCCCCCUAAUCCCGACACCAAGUCAGAGCAGAAGCACAGCACUUCCCCCAUCAAAGACGAGACCCCCCUCCCUGACUGCUCCAGCUCCAGGCAGCCCGCCCUGGUGGCCGGCCACCCUGCGCCCCAGCCCCUCCCCGUGGCCGCCCAGACCCUCGUUGCCAAGAAGGUGGUCAUCAAGCAGGAGGUGGCCCCAGCAGAGCAGCAGGGCGUCAUCCCCAAGUUCUACGUCAGUCCCCAGGGGCAGCCGCCACCUGCCCUGGUGGCUCCGCCUCAGGCGCUGCUGACCACGCAGACGGCGCAGCUGCUGCUGCCGGUGUCCAUCCAGGGCUCCAGCGUCACCUCUGUGCAGCUCCCCGUGGGCAGCCUCAAGCUCCAGACUCCGCCACAGGCUGGGAUCCAGCCGCAGCCGCAGCUGGCCACCACAGCCCUGUCAACAGGCCUGGCGCAGCCCGGACCCCAGAAGCAGGACACGUUCACACCACACGUGCUCACUCAGCCCCCGCAGGUCCGAAAGGUUUUCACGAACUCAGCACCCAGCCCCGUGCUCUCCUACCAGUGCCCUCCUGCCCCCGCGGCCCAGCAGCCCUUCGUCAACAAGACGUGCACCGGCGUCCUUCAGCCCCGGGGCGCCGCGCUCCCAGCCCUGCAGAACGGGCCGCACACGCCCAAGAAGCCCAGCUCGCCCCCGCCCCAGCAGUUCAUCGUCCAGCACUCUCUGUUUGGGAGCCCGGUCCCCAAGACCAAGGACCCGCCCCGCUACGAGGAGGCCAUCAAGCAGACGCGCAGUGCCCAGCCUUCCCUCCCGGAGGUCUCCAACACACACAGCCAGCAGAUGGACGACCUCUUCGAUAUCCUCAUUAAGAGUGGAGAGAUCUCCCUCCCUAUCAAGGAGGAGCCUUCCCCCAUCUCCAAGAUGAGACCAGUGACCGCCAGCAUCACCACCAUGCCGGUCAACACUGUGGUGUCCCGGCCGCCCCCCCAAGUCCAGAUGGCACCCCCUGUCUCCUUAGAACACAUGAGCAGCUUGUCUGCCAGCCUAGAGAACCAACUCGAAGCUUUCUUGGACGGCACCCUCCCUCCGGCCAGCGACACAGCCCCGCUGCCGAGCAGCGGCGAGGACAGGGAGACCUUCUCCCUCAUCGAGGACCUCCACAGCGAGCUGCUGGCGCCCCCCGGCACGCUGGACCACUCCCACUCCCCCAUGGAAACCUCGGAGGCCCAGUUCGCCGCCAGCACCCCCUGCCUGUCCCUGGACCUCUCCGACUCCACCCUGGACAACAUGGAGUGGCUGGACAUCACCAUGCCCAGCUCGGCGUCGGGACUCACCCCACUCAGUGCCGCCGCCCCCAGCAUGUUCUCCGCUGACUUUCUGGACCCCCAAGAUCUGCCGCUGCCGUGGGACUAAGGUCGCAGUGUCUCGGGCCCAAGCUCCUGGAGGGGUUCAGAGACAGACCAGCGGUGGCCAGAGCUGCAGCCCAGCAUGGAGCCCUUCCGUUGCCGGCAGCAGCGCGGUGUGGGCCUGCUGCGGGCUCGCCCGUUUCUGCAGACUUUAGUACAGAGCGGAAAGACCUGUGGAUAAGCACAGGGGAACGCGUGUGCAGAAGAGGCCCCGAGGAGUCCCGAGUGGCCCUAAGUUCCCCCGGAUCCUGAACACUGAGCACACAGCUCGCUCAGCAGCCGCACUGCAGGCAGCCGGUCACUGGCACUUGGUCAGUGGCCUGCGGCGGGUGCCAGCCACUCAGCCAAGGCUCCUGGCAGAAAACCUGUGGGUCCUUCAGAAACCUACAUGAUUUCUAUGUUGUAGUCUGUUUUGUGAUUUUUGGAAUCUUACUUUAGAUUUCCAAAUUUAAACGAAAGCUCUUUCACCAUAACCACACAGUCCACUGUAAAAAGUCCAGGGAUACUGAGAACACUGAAAAUUCUAGCCCUGCCCUCGGCUGAGAACGAGUCUAGCGUGUGCAUUAGACCCUUGUCUGCGUGCUGUGCGCAGCCUGGGCGGGGAAGCAGUGGGGUUCGAGUCUGGUAAUAACUCUAAUAGUUCUAAGAUACUUGAGCCACGUGUUUCUCUGUGUUUAAAGACUUGCUGACUAACUUUCAGGUAACCAGGCCCAUCUCAGAACCAAGGAAAGGCUUUAGCGCGAAGGGGCUUUCUGGGGAGAGGCCGACCUCACCCAUUCUCAAGCUGGAGAGUGAAAAACUGGAGGUUUUCUUAAUCAUUUUUUUUAUAUAUGGAGAGAGGGAAAAAGUUAGUGCUUAUUUGUGGAGUAGUUUAAGAAUUUUCUAAAAUGCCAACUAUCACAGCGUUUCCAAAAAUCUUCCAAGCUAGUCAUUAAAAUGUAGAAGAAAAUGUGGGUGAAAAACCUGAAAAUUCUCCUGUUCUUACCCAGCUCCUUCUCACCGUGACCCGUGACUGGGUGGCGUUGCUGGGAUUGUGUUUUACCUGACAGCUGGUCAGUUUUUCCCGCGUGUCGGUCUGCUUACACAUCCACAAGCUCCAUCUUUCCCUAGUCGCCCCCGAACACUGGAGCCCUCGCUUCACUGAUGUGUCCCAGUGGCCCAAAGGGCACCUUCGCUGCCAGCCCCCACAGAGAGGAGGUGUCUGGGCCUGCCGGGACCCUCAUUCCCUGCUUAGACUCUCGGUAUCGUCUCCCGUGGCUUCGUGGCGGCGGGGCUGUGUCCAUAGCUCUAGCGCACACGGGACUCAGGCGUGGGUCCACCAGCAAAGCAUGUCGGCAACAGGUGCAUGCUACUGUGGAGAAUUAUACAGCAGGCCUGCUGGGCGUGGGGCUUCUUGCUCGGAUAUUAUUUCCGUUUAAUAUGAGUAUUUCUGUACUACUUAAGCGAUCCUAUUGAAGUUUCCUAUUUAAACCUGCAGUGUGAUGCUCCACAAAACUGACACUAUCUCCCAGCAGGGGGACACGGCGUGGCGGGCCCGGAGUGUGGUCCCCAUCUGCUCCCGAACACUGACUCAGGCUUCCUCUGCCCACGACAGUCCCAGAUCACUGCACAGCCCUGAGCACCAAGGCAACAAUCCCUUGUGCUCUCUACGAGCGGGCAUGACAGGGAGCCCAUGGACCCCAUGGCCCUUCCCCAGAUCCAGAUUCACAAGCCCCACCCCUACCCCCGCAGCAGAGAUUCUGAGCACUGGAGCAGAGAACCCCGCAUUAUCCACACUGACUGGAAGGGCAGGGGACCGGGGACCACAGCUGCAAGUGCAGAGCCCAGCUGCGUUUCAGCUCAUCUUCCAAGUGGUUGCAGUCAGAACUGGAAAAUCAUCAGAUGCAGUCUCUCUCUCUCUCUCCAUCUCUCUCUCUCUCUCUCUCUCCUCUCUCUCGCUUGCUCUCUUGCCUCUCCCCUGUCUCUCUCCCCUCUCUUUCUCUCCUCUCCUCUCUCUCGCUCAUUAUCUCUUGUGCACUCUCUCUCGCUCUCUUUCCCUGGUUCAGAUUUCGCUAACUUGCUCUUCCUGGGCUAUAUUUUGUGAAGUGACUCUGCUUGGCCGUAAGCAGCCUUCAAUGUCCCCCCACCCCCUUUCUUGCAGAAUUUGAGGAAGUGCAUCAAUGCAAAAGAUUUCUGCCCGAAACUUUGCGUUGGGGCCUCUAGUUCAAACAGCUGCACAUGUUUACAAAGGGCCCUCCCCUCCCCGCAGACGCGUUGCUCUGUGAAUCGUCCUUACUAAAGUCACGACUUUGCGGCUGCAGCAUGGCAAUCUCAGACCUCCCGGUGCUGCCUGAAAGCCCAUCCGGUGGCAUGGCAAUGUCGACACAGCUGUCACGUUCAACAGAGCUUUGUGCCAACUGCUGAGACAAAGCUUUAACCGAGGUCACGGAAUCACCCAGGCUCCUAACCAUUACCUCUUUUCAAUAUGCUGUAAAGAAAUCUGCUCGUUUGGUAGGAGGAAGAAGCAUUUAGGAAGGGUUUAAUUUCUACCAAAAGUACUUAACCUCAAGUAACCAACAGUAAUGCAAACUUGCUUUAAAAGGAACCAAAGGCAUUGCCAAGUAUUUGCCAAAAGAAGGCACUUUUUAUUUAAAAUUUGAGACUAAUAUGAUCUCAAAAAAUCAAUCCCAAAAAGGUAUUAUCCAUUUAAGGUUAUAAUUUUCACAAAGAUGUAGAUAUUUCUCUAUUGUUUCUUUGUAAAAUAGCAUAGAUUUGUUUUGUUGGUUUAAGAAUAGUAUUUAGUAGUAAUGAUAUCAAGUUGUUUCUACGUACAAAUUAGGUUUUUGUUUUUUGUUUUUUUUGCUUGCAAUAUAAAUGCAAUGUGGCAGGUGUUUCUCUUCUUAUUUUCAUUCUCACAUUAUGUCUUAGCAUCUCACUUUAUGAAAAAAAGAAGAAAAAUACCAAUCUACAGAGCCCUGCUUACUAAAGCAUUAGUUUAAUUAAAAAAAAAAAUUAUGGCAGUAGGGGUGAGGGUGAUCUGUUCAUGUAUUGCCUUUAUGUUGUUUUUUAAAAAGAAAACCAUGAUGCCUUUGUAUUUGCUGUUUGCACCCCUGAAACCAAUUCCAUAUCAUGUCUGAAUGCCAUACAUUUUGCACAUGUACUGUACAUAGGUAACGCAUACUGUAUUUUUAUAUGUGCGCACAUUUAUCAUCAGAUCUUUUGUACAUAGUGGCAGUAUUGUAGCUGAUCGGGAAAUGUUUGAUAUCAGCAAUUUUGCAUUUUUGUGUCUCAAAUAAAAACCAUUUUGAUGUAC